AUGCCUUUGCUUCUGAUCCUGUCGCUGGAUCACAGCCUGCUGUCAUGCGUACGGGUGCUGCGCGGAAGAUUCCGGCUGCUGUCGCGGGGCAUGGCGCUGUGGCCGGUACAAGCGGCAGGGGUGUUUGUAGACCCGUCUCUGGAUGGGGUGUUGGUUCUGGACGUGCUGCAGGCGCUGGGUGUGCGUCCGUCCCUGGCGUUGCUAGACGUUAUGUACCACGACAGGCUGCUGGGUCUUCUUGCCAGAGUUGUAUACGUGAUGGAAGAUGACUAUGUAAUACUGAUUCCUCUUUCCCACAUCUUUGCCCUCAUGCUGCAAGCUCUCAAGUUGCCCCCUGCGACUUACCAACACAAGCCAUAUCCGGGCAAUGAGUCUCGUGUGACGAACUGUGAUGAAGCAGAAGACAGUGCUGCUAUGGCAGCUAUUAGGUUUAUGGAGGAUCACGUCACCGAACGGCCUAAUAACCCGACGACGACCUUCCCUCUGAACGCUAUCUCUAACCUCCCACGAUUCCACCAUCCUCCUCCGGUAGCGUCGCCGUCCACCGGCCUCGUCCUGCGCACCUUCCGUCGGCCUCCUCCCGCGAAAUCUCCGCCGCCCGUCUCCCACGGAACCGUCGCCGACCUCAUCCCGCCGGCCCUGCAGCCGCCCUCUUGUUGCGGCCACGCGCCUUCCUCCUCCUGCGGCCUUGCCCCCGGUCUUCUCCAGCGGCCGCGCGCCGUCCUCCUGCCGUUGCCCCGCCACCGAUCUCCUCCCGCGGACGCGCCGCCACCGACCCCCAACAGGAUCCCGUGCCUCCACCACCCCCAAGAUCCUACACCGCCGGGCGGGAUCCGGCACCCCGCAUCCAUGUCCCGGCGAUCCCAAGCACGCCGCCUGCCGCGUGCACUCGACACGACACCUCUUGCCUCCCCACGUCGCCGCCUACACCACCAUCACCGCAACCACACAUCACUCCGGCCGGGAUCCGUCGCGCAGUCCAACCUCGUCCGUGCGUGCAGUCCCUCCUUGUCUGCUCGCUUGACAGUAGAGCAAACAGUGCUUCCAAAAAUGCAAAAGGAGCUCCGGAUUUUGAUGUCUGAAGUUCAGCUGUACCAUGGAGACUACUGCGGCCGUUCGAAACACUAGCAGGCGACGUGCUAACCAGCUGCAGGUCACGGUCUCCUUGAGUUGCAGGUCGCGCCCUUUACCCAUCAGCGUCGUCACCUGUGCCCUAGUUCAUAUUCUACAGCUGAAAUAUUAUUGUAACAGUCUUCUUCAACCCAUUGUUUUUACCCAAAAGGUUCAGAGUUCUAUUGGGUUAGAAGCCACGGGAGAGCAAUUAAAUUUGUGUUUGCUUUUCA